UUAACUUACUGACGUGUCAUCUCCUCUUCUCUCUCUCUCUCUCUCUGUCUCUCUCUCUGUCUCUCUGCAUUUAAUCACUUAACAAUCCAAUCAUCUUAUACUCUCCUCCCCCACCAUGAAACCUGAAGUAAGCCCCCCCCUCCUCAAGAAAUCCAGAACCAUCUCCACCGACGAUCCCGACCCCCCGCCGCCCCAUUUCCCCGGCCCCCUUUUCCCCGCCGUCCGCCGAACCGCCGCCUCUCCGCCGCCCCCAAUCUCCCUCUCCGACCAACGCUUCGGCGUCUCCGAUAGGGACUAUGUCUACCCCUCUUUCCUCGGCCCUUACAGCUCAAGAACUCGCGUCACUGUCAAGUCAUCACCCUCUAAAACCCCCCAGAAAUCAUUUGAUCCCCCAGGCCCAAUUAGCACACCUCCCAGGCCCAAUUCGAUGCACAAGGCCAAGUUGAAGCAGGACAGGGAUUUGAAAUCGGUGCCUGUUCAGAUUCUUGCGAAUACUUUGACUUCUAGCGCGUCUCUGCCCAAUUCGGCGACUCCUUUGAUUCAUAGGACUAGUAGUGGAUUCAGGAAUUCUUUGUUUUUUAACUUGCUUAAAUUCAUCUGUGUAGUGUCUGUAUCGUAUGCCAUAUCGUUGCAGAAUAAAGUUACGAAGCUGCAGGAAGAGAAUGUCAGGCUUGGGAAGCUGUCCGGGAAUAGUGAAUAUGUGUAUAUUGACAAUCAGACUUUGUUAGAUUCUGAAAAUGACAGUUUGUUUGUAUAUUUUAGUAACAGCAGCAGUAGAGCAAUUGCUCUGUAUGUUGUUCUAUUUACCCUUCUGAUACCAUUUGUUUUGUACAAAUAUCUUGAUGAUCUUCCGAGAAUAAAGAAUCUUUCAAAAGCAACUAAUAGAAAAGAGGAGGUUCCUUUGAAGAAGAGAAUCGCAUAUAUGGUUGAUGUGUGCUUCUCUGUUUAUCCUUAUGCAAAGUUGCUGGCACUUCUAUUUGCAACUAUAUUUCUUAUAGGAUUUGGUGGCUUGGCGUUGUAUGCCGUCAGUGAUGCUAGCUUUUCUGAAGCACUUUGGCUUUCUUGGAGUUUUGUAGCGGACUCAGGAAAUCAUGCUGAUAGGGUGGGCACUGGCCCCAGAAUUGUCUCUGUCUCUAUAACUGCAGGAGGCAUGCUGAUAUUUGCAAUGAUGUUGGGGCUCGUUUCAGAUGCAAUCUCAGAGAAGGUAGAUUCCUUGCGAAAAGGGAAGAGCGAGGUCAUUGAAAAUAACCAUAUACUAAUCCUUGGAUGGAGUGACAAACUGGGCUCACUGUUGAAGCAACUCACGAUUGCAAAUAAAAGCAUCGGAGGUGGUGUUAUUGUUGUCCUCUCGGAAAGGGACAAGGAGGAUAUGGAAAUGGAUAUUGCAAAGCUUGAAUUCGACUUCAUGGGCACAUCUGUUAUAUGCAGAAGUGGCAGUCCGCUUAUAUUAGCUGAUCUGAAGAAGGUUUCAGUUUCGAAGGCGCGUGCUAUCAUUGUUUUAGCAUCUGAUGAAAAUGCCGAUCAGAGUGAUGCACAUGCUUUGAGGGCUGUGCUUAGCCUUACGGGAGUAAAAGAGGGAUUGAGGGGUCAUGUAGUUGUAGAGAUGAGUGACAUUGAUAAUGAACCCUUGGUUAAGCUUGUUGGAGGAGAACUGAUUGAGACAGUGGUUGCACAUGAUGUUAUUGGCCGAUUGAUGAUUCAGUGUGCACUGCAGCCCGGUCUUGCACAGAUAUGGGAAGAUAUUUUAGGGUUUGAAAAUGCAGAAUUUUAUAUAAAAAGGUGGCCUCAACUGGAUGGUAGGAAUUUUGAAGAAGUGCUUGUCUCAUUUCCCGAUGCAAUCCCUUGCGGAAUAAAAGUUGCUGCUGAUGGUGGGAAGAUAAUCUUAAAUCCUGAUGAUAAAUAUGUGCUUAAAGAAGGUGAUGAAGUCAUUGUUAUUGCUGAGGACGAUGAUACGUAUUCCCCAGGUCCCAUAGCAGAGGUUCAACGAGGUCUCUUUCCUAAAAUAUCUGACCCUCCCAAAUAUCCUGAAAAGAUUUUAUUUUGUGGCUGGCGGCGUGAUAUUGAUGACAUGAUUAUGGUUUUAGAAGCACUAUUGGCCCCGGGUUCUGAGCUGUGGAUGUUCAAUGAGGUUCCAGAGCAAGAAAGAGAGAAGAAGUUAAUCGAUGGUGGGCUUGAUGUAGGCAGACUAGAGAACAUAAAACUCAUACAUCGUGAAGGGAAUGCAGUUAUCAAACGGCAUUUAGAAUAUCUUCCUCUGGAGACCUUUGAUUCUAUUUUAAUUCUGGCAGAUGAAUCCGUAGAAGAUUCCAUUGUGCAUUCUGACUCGCGAUCUCUUGCCACGCUCCUCCUUAUUCGAGACAUUCAGUCAAAGCGACUCCCCUCCAAAGAUAGGAAAUCGAUGCCUCUACGACAUUCUGGGUUUUCUCACAGCUCAUGGAUCCGUGAAAUGCAACAAGCUUCUGAUAAAUCAAUAAUAAUAAGCGAGAUACUGGAUUCUAGGACAAGAAACUUGGUUUCAGUGACCAGAAUUAGUGAUUAUGUGCUUUCUAAUGAGCUGGUAAGCAUGGCUCUUGCAAUGGUAGCUGAAGACAAACAAAUAAACAGAGUGCUUGAGGAGCUUUUUGCUGAAGAGGGAAGUGAAAUGUGUAUAAAACCUUCAGAGUUCUAUCUUUAUGACCAGGAAGAACUCUGCUUUUAUGACAUUAUGAUCAGGGGUCGUCAGAGAGAUGAAAUCGUCAUCGGUUACCGUCUUGCAGCUGCAGAGCGCGCAGUUAUCAACCCUGUCAAAAAAUCAGAAUCAAGAAAAUGGUCGAUAGAUGAUGUUUUUGUUGUCAUUUCAUUGGGUGAAUGAUAGAGGAAUAUUACUAGUUAGUUGAAGUAUUGAGAUGAAGCAUAGAUCUUUUUGGCUGAUAGAGAAGUUCUCGCGGUCACAGAACUUGAAUGACUUAACUCGGAUCAAGUUGACUCAGGCAGCAGCCGCAGCAGGCGUAUUGUACAAAUGUAACAACACAAAUUCAUUGUAAAACUUGAAUACAAAUUUAGGUCAUUUAAGUUCUAGAAGAUUAAUAUUUCUGGGAACUUUCCCUUCCCAAGCCUGUGUCAUUUUGUUAGUAUGUGGGAUAUCCACCCUUUGUUGUAUAAUGAUAUUGUAACUUAAAGAGGAGUAGUUACAAAUUUUUCUUUGUUAA